AUGUUCAAAUAUUUCUACAGUGGCAUCUUGCUCACAUCUGUCGCGCUCGCUGCUCGUCCGUUUUUGAACGAGCCCGACACUGGCAUCACCGAUGUACUGGGUGAUCUUCCCAAAGGCCAGCUGCCAAAUCUGACGGACAUUGUAGCGCUGAAUGACUUCGAAUGGGCCGCAAGGAAUUACCUCCCUCUGUUCAACUACACGUAUUAUCGUAACGGCGCUGGUGGGGAAUGGUCUUACCGAAAUAAUCUGGAGGUGUACAACCGAUAUCGUCUUCGUCCUAGGACCAUGUUAGACAUCAGCAACAUAGAAGCGAGCCUGAGGACCACUAUCCUAGGCUACAACUUUUCCAGCCCCUUCUUCAUCAGUCCGUGUGCGCGUGGUGCAUAUGGCCACCCCGAUGCUGAACUUAAUUUCGUGCAGGGAGCGGCCUCUGGGGAUAUUCUUUAUAUUACGUCCGGAUACUCCUCAUUGCCCAUCGAGACAAUCGCCGACGCUGCCACUGAUGGCCAGAUCUUGUUCACUCAACUUUACGUGAAUAACAAUGAUACGGCCAAUCAGGUUUUAUUUGACAGAGUAGAGGCCGUUGGAAGUAAAGCCAUCGUUUGGUCGGUGGAUUCACCCGGUAGUCCUAGCCGACAAAGAGCAGCGCGGUUCGGGGUCGGAUCCGCAAAUACGCAGUUCAUUACCAACACAUGGGAGGUGUUAGACAAGUACCGUAACAUGACAUCGUUACCCAUCAUUCUCAAAGGCAUUCAAACAGUUGCCGAUGCCCGUGCUGCUAUCGACCAUGGGGUUCCAGCCAUUAUCCUGUCUAACCAUGGUGGUCGUAAUCUUGAUGGCUCCCCGUCUUCACUCGAGAUUGCACUAGAAAUCUACAACGAGGACCCCACCAUCUUCUCGCAAAUCGAGAUUCUCGCUGACGGUGGUAUUCGGCAUGGAACAGAUGCGCUGCGUCUGCUGGCUCUCGGAGUCAAAGCUGUGGGUUUGGGACGUCCAUUCAUGUACUCGAAUGUCUUUGGGCUCGAUGGGGUCAAGAAAGCAGUUCAAAUCAUGCACACCGAGCUAAUGAAUGAUGCGGCCAACUUGGGUGUUCCCGACAUCAAGGCGAUCGAUGCAAGUUACGUGGACUGGACUCCAAACUUUUGGUAUAGUUAA